AUGCCUCCCAACUCCACUCCUCUCAAGGGUAUCAAACGCCGCAAUGCCGACCAAGCUCAAAGAAGCCCCAAAUCUCCCGAGCGUCUCGCUCGUACCUCCUCUACCAGUGACGCUCCUGGGAUUCGAGGCACAGAUCAACCCAGUCAGGCCACUGGGGAUGAAGAGCAAGUUGCUGAAUCUGUCCUUCCGCUUGGCAGUACUGUCCUUGGCCAUUUCGCCGAAAACAAGGAUGACAAGUUGCAUUUGGCUAUCACUCAGCUGGUGAAGCAAGUACUUGCCGAGAGAGAGAAGUUGGCAGACGCUGAGGCUGAGCUUACAGCCAAGAAGGCAGAAUGUGCCUACUUGAGGGACGAGAACGCUCGUUAUCACCAACGUCUUGAGCAGCAAGCGCCUCGCACUCAAGAGGAGGCGGAGAAGGCUAGGAAAGAAUACUUCUCGAGGACUGUCGUGUGGAGGCAGUACGGUGAUUGGGAACCACAUUUGAAGAUGGAAAAGACCUGGGAACGCCUUUCGGGUUGUAUCUCGAGCCUCGUGCAAAUCCCGAAGACGACCCAAGUUUGGGACAGCCUCUGCCCUGAUAUCCAGAAGAAACUGAGAAGUUGGACACCCAAGGCUGAAGAAUUCUGGGGAUCUGACAUGGGGGCACAGCAGCUCUUCAUGGCAUGGAUCUGGCACAUUCUUGAUGACAAUAUCUUUUCACGAAGGAGCGCCGACAUCAAGUGGGCAGCCCCCCAUUGGCAGGCGCACGGCCUCCUCCACGACCUUCUGCAAGAGGUGGACGCCGAAAAGGAUGAUGAGUGGACUCUCAAAUUCCAUGCUUGGCGACGCAUCACUAUAUCAGCCAUUCAAGAGCUUGACAGGAGGAAGAUUAUCCAGGGUUAUGGAAGGCGCAUUGAUCCCCAAUACGUCGCCCAACUUGUCAGACACGAGAUUGGCCCCUUCGUGGACAAAGAAAGCGAACCAUUAUUCGAAGCAGUUCUCCAAAAGACCGGAGAAAGGGUCGCACACAUCGACAUGGAAUUCCAGGGCACUCUAGUCAAGUUUGCCCCCGUGUUCCACCACCCGGAUACAAAGCAGCUGUCGUCCUUCCCAUACGAACCAGCGGGGGUGGACUCCAUCAUGAAAAAUAGCUUGGGAACUUCGGCGCAAGCCCAUUUAAAGCUGGACGGCCUCCCCGUCGACCUCAUCACGCGCCCCCUGCUGCGAUUCUCGGGCGAUAUACAAGGAGAAGGAUUUGGUUACGAUGAAUCGUGGACUUUUGCCCCUAUGGCGGUUUGUGUCGGUUGGUUCAUGGAAAUUUCGGACGACUUGUUGGUGGAUCCGGACACCGACGAGGAGGCGACGGGCUAGGUAGGGGUGAUGUGAUGUGGGUGCUUGCGAUUCCGUCAUUGUUUUCCUUAAGAGUGUGCACGUUGGGCAAAGUAGCAACAGAUUGUGUCAUGUGUUUUAUUAUU